AGGACAACAGUCUGGAUACGAAUGAACCAAUCCCUCUUUCGGACAACUCCGCGAACCGGCGGAACCUCCCGUCAGGACCACAAUUUAAACUAGAUUUACAAUUUUUUGCAGUAUCCAAAACUAAAAAAACAACGAAAAUCGCUCCCCAAUUUAGACAGAAAAGAUUAAAAAAAUUUGAAGAAGAUUUAAAAUUAGCAGCACAAUACGCACAACGACUUAUCGAAGAAAAUCAAAAUCUAAGAAUAGAGAAUGAAGAAUUAAAUAGAGAAGUUAAAAACUUAAAAGAACGAAAUGAGGCAGAUGGUAAUCAUCUUAUAGAACGAGAAGAAGAGGUGGAAAAACUUAACCGCCAAGUUAGGGAAUUAUCAGAAUCGAUAAGUAAACUUAAUAUUAGAAAUGGUUCAAUACCGACGUUAGAGAGAGAAUUAGAGGAAAAAGAAGAAGCAAUUGCUCGUUUAGAGGAAACAAUAACAACAUUACAGGGUGAAAAUGAAGCAUAUGAACGUGCUGUAAAACAAGCGACUGAGGGAUUUCAUGCAAAAAACAGGGAGAUAGCGGCCCGAGAAAGUGAUAUAAAAAGCCUAGAAGACGAACUGGAAAAAAGAGAUAAUGAGAUUAAAAGAUUAAAAAAAAUAAAUGAGAGGCAAGCAAAAGAAAUAACCGAACUAAAAGAAGAAAAGGAAGAUUUAACCCAAAAAUGGGAAACUAGCGAGGUCAAAUUAGCCGACCAAACCAAGGGGCGUUUAAGUAUAAUCGAAGAAAGUAAUAACAACCUAAAAGCCGAAAAUGAGGCCUUAAAAAGGGAUUUGUUCUCCCGCUUGGCCCGACCCAGCCUUUCGUCUCAAACCUCAUCAAUGAGAAGUAAUUACGUACCCGAGUCCAGACCCGUUUCGCGAGCUACUUCUUACAUUGAAGGUCUUGACAUUGAGAUUGACGAAAGUAGCCCUUAUUAUUGUAAGCAUUGCGGGCAACUUAAAAACAAUUUGGGUAGCAUUCUCAACGAUCCAAGAAAUUAUGAAUUACCAACAACGCCCGACGAAAGCCGCAGCGAAAAAGAAGAGAAAUCUCACCACAAUUCAGCACCAAGAGUCAGAGGGCCAAGUGACGAAAGUAGUUAUUAUGCCGAAUCACCAACCAAUUCCAUGCUUAUUGAGGAUACUGCUAGCACUUCGCACCUUGAUGACCUAUUAAAAGAAACCGCCAGCAUCUACCAACUUGAAAAAGAAUUAAAAAAGCAAUUGACAAGGGCAAAAUUUGCCGGCAACACCGACUCUGUUAAUGAAAUUAAUUCUUUGAGUAAAAGUUUUGAAAAUGUCUCCCUUGAAUACGAAAAUCUGAAAUUGGCCGAAGACAAUUCCUCUCCGAACGAGGAAACUAGCGAAAAUAAGCUUUCAGAAGCGGCACCAAUCGUAAUCGUCUCUGAUGAAAAUACGCCAACAACGCCAGAAAAUAUUCCGCUAAUCCCAAGGGCAAAAGAAAUGGAGGAAAUUGCAGCCCAAGCCGCUGAAUUGACCGACCCAGCCAAAAAUGAUUGA